AACGACAGGAGUGCACCCAUUCUCGAUGGCAAAGCGUCGUCGUCUGGAAAUAAUGGGAGUUCUGGUCCUCAAAAGCCGAUGCAGUCAUCGAAUGGUAUGUCUGGAGGAAUGUCUGGAGGACCGAUGCAAUUGGGAGGACUGUUUGCUGGCGGUGUCCCUAAACUGAGACAAACGGGCAGUAAGUUAGUGGCCAACGGACUGACCGUUAGUGCGAAUAAAGUGAACAAUAGUUACACGAAAACUGACGAAUCGGUGCGACCGACAAAUACAUCCAUUAAUACAUCCAUUAAGACUAGUCUUGAAUCGAAAUUUCAAAGCAAUUCAAACAAUAACUCAUCGUUUUUGCAUCCAAUCAAUGGACUAAAUAUAAGCAAUAAUAACAAAUUCCAUACAAUGAAAGCACGAGAGAAACCCAAUUAUGUGGUGAACGACAGCAAAGGACAGGCGCCUCAAGUGCCGCCGUCCGGCCCCACGAAGACCAGUGCCCCUCUAUUG